CCCUAUUAGUAAAGUGGCAUCUCCUUGUGGUUUCCAAGAUGCCCCAUGCUAGGCGAGACCAUCUUGUAAGGUGAACUUAUCCAAGUUUAAGACGUAAUCUGAUCUUGUCAUGAGUCCAUGGACCUUAGAAAUUCUCAAGAAGUUAUUGGAACACCUUCCUGAUGUAGUUUUCCAAGAUUUAGGACAAAAAUGGAACGCACAGUGGUAGAUUUUAGGGACUGGAACGCCGAAUAGUUUUCCACCCAACUUCGGCCUCCGCCAUCUUGUCUUCCGUACGUUGCAUGCAACAAGAACAACUAAAAACGACGAUGUUUCUACGAUCUUUGAGCUUCUUUCCCGCCAUUUUAGCCAUCUUGUGGUCCACUACUAUCGCAGAUGACCCCUGCGAUCGCUGGAAAGAGCACGUCAGCCCUUACUGCGAGGUUCUCGAACCGUACGUGUCAUCACCACGACAACAGUCGCUGGAACUCCUGCCUGGAGACAACGUCACGCUCCACUGCCAGGUGGAACAGACCCUGGGAGUGCAUGCUGCAGGUGCUAUAUGGAUGGGCUGGAUCAAAGACAACACCACAGCCUCUGUACAUCUGGGGAAGUUUACCUACAGCGAAAAGAACGCCGCUAACUUUAGCACGAGCCACGCACUGACGAACGCACGGCCACACGACAGUGGGACUUACGUCUGCCAGGCCAAGUCCACCGGGAACCUGCAGAGGGGAAAUGCUACCGGGGUUCAUGUCACGGUGGCAGAGCCCCAGCUGGAAACCCCCAACAUCACAGCAGACGUGCCCUCCCCAGGUGACAUUGACCUUGGGUUGACCGUGAAACUCCGGUGUGAGACCCAGGCCUACCCCCACGCCCUCUUCAACUGGACCAAGGACGGCAGGGACAUAUCCACCAAUCACAGCGCUGCUACGGAUCACAUGAUCAUCGGAAACUUUAGCCAAUCGGAUGAUGGGUUGUAUGCCUGUGUUGCGUGGAACAUGUUGGGAGAGAAACUUUCGCAGGAGCUGCAGUUGACAGCAAAACCUCCAGAUGGAGGCCUACCGAUGUUGAUUAUCAUUGCAGUUGCAUCUGGGGUGGCUGUCUUUGUGGUCGUUACUGUUACAGCCACAAUCUUCGUCUACCGCAGAAGACGACAGUUCAAACAUUGUCGACUUGAAAGCGAAAGUGACGAAGAAGAAGGAGACUUUAGCGACAGCGUCGCAAAAUACGACUCUGGCGUCCACUGCUGCGAAAAAGACAGAUCUUGGACAGAAAAGAUGGUAAACAAACUCGAAAAAGAGAAACUGAGAGUCUACUUCAGCCCCAGAGACGAUAUCGGUGGAGGUAGUGUGUUUCAGUAUCUCAGCGAAGGGAUAGCAAAAAGUAGAAACGUCAUCAUCGUCUUUUCCAAUGCCGCUGAUUCAGAUGAGUGGUUCAAAAAAGGGUACCAGACAGCGGUAGUAGAACAACUAGACAGGAACUUAAGAGGAAGAGUCAUUCCUGUGCUGAUGAAGGGUUUUGAGAGGACAAAUUUACCUUUGGAGCUCAAGGAUUGCGUGGCUCUUUCCGUGGAAGAUCCAAAGUUUUUCGAGAGACUGCUGAGAAGUUUGUCAAAGGACAGUGCCUACGAAUCAGACAGGCAGUCAUCUGUUUCCACUGAAGAAGUCUUGGAUACAAUAAUUGUGCUUUGAUG